AAGAAGAAAAGGACACAAAGGUCGGGUCCCAUCAUCCCCUGUGCACUUGGAGUGGUUCCAGUUAGAUUUGCUUGUUCUAAAUAACGAAAACAGAUCAAUUAUGGGGAUGCAAUUUGGAUGGUUGGCCAGGGUCAAUCAUAUUGUUACAUACACCAUCUCACCCUUUGAGCUGAGGGCCUUCCCCAAUGUGUUUUCCAAGGGAGUCCCUAAUAUGUGGCGUAGGUUCAGAUCAUCUUUCUUCAGAGUUGCACCACCAUUGAUUGGUGCGUACGUGAUAAUGGACUGGGCCAAUGCUUCCUAUAUUAAAUACAAUAGGAAGAAUCCUGCUGACUAUGAGAACGAAGAAUAACUCUACUGCCAUCUGCUAUUAAUUUCAUCCUUGUCUUUCACAAAUAAAACUGAAAAUAUGCUUACAU